CGACGACACUGUGUCAACUGUCAAAUACUGAGACCAAAAUAUUCUCACCUUCACCUCAAAAUUCCAGCCAUGUCCUCUGCUCACUCCCACCCUCCACUCCCCAUUAAGACGGCGGCCUCCGCCCUUAAAUUCCCUCUCAGCUCCAACCGACUUCCCAUCGGCGUCGUCUCGCCUCGCCGCUGGCCACACUCUUCCGGCAUCUUCAAUAUCGCAAAUUUUUCCGGUACCAGUAAACGGGCCCUUGCUUUUCCAACUUCAGCCCGUUAUAUAAUAGCUCGUGCGGGCGGAUAUGAGCCCGCUCGAGCUGCCGUAUCGGGUCGGGUUUCCGGAUCGGACGCGCACCCAUUCGACGUGGUUAUUGUGGGGGCGGGUAUUAUUGGGUUGACCAUAGCCCGCCAAUUCCUCCUCGGAUCGAAUCUGUCGGUCGCCAUCGUCGACGCCGCCGUUCCGUGCGCUGGCGCCACUGGUGCAGGACAGGGAUACAUAUGGAGGGUUCAUAAAGUUCCGGGGGCUGAAAAAUGGGAGCUGGCGAUAAGAAGCCAUAACUUGUGGGAGGCUCUGUCUGAAAGCGUUCAGAAUCAAGGGAUGGAUCCUUUGGAGACACUUGGGUGGAAGAAGACGGGAAGUAUGCUUGUUGGUAGAACUGCUGAGGACUGUUCUGUGUUGAGGGCAAAGGUGGAGAAGCUCGUGGAGGCUGGGUUGGGUGCACAGUUCUUGUCACGGGAUGAGCUGCGGGUGGAAGAACCUGCUCUCGAGCUCGGGGAGGAAGGUGGUGCUGCUUUCAUGCCCGACGACUGCCAAUUGGAUGCUCGUCGUGCCGUGACGUUUCUCGAGAAGACUAACAGGUCUUUUGCAGCAGAAGGGAGAUAUGCUGAGUUCUAUCAUGAGCCAGUUACGAGCUUUAUAAGAUCUGAGAGCACUGGAGGAAUUGAGGCAGUUCAAACUUCCAAGAGGACAUUAAGUGUUAAGAAAGCUGUUGUCAUUGCAGCAGGCUGCUGGAGUGGCUCAGUGGUGGACAACUUAAUAAGUGAUGCUGGUAUUAAGAUAGAUGUCCCAGUUAAGCCUAGAAAGGGUCAUCUGCUCAUUCUAGAGAACUUCAAGCCUUUUAACCUUAAUCACGGGCUUAUGGAAGCCGCUUACGUCAGCCAUGAAUCUGCAAAACUGAGCUCCACCAGUACAGAUUCAAAAACUGGAUUUGAUGCAACUAUCGCGUCUGUUUCAAUGACGGCUACCACGGACUUGUCAGGAAAGCUCGUGUUCGGGAGCAGCCGUGAGAUUGUCGGUUUCGACACCAGAAUAGACGAGUCUAUCUUAGAACGUAUCUGGACACGGGCAAGCGAAUUCUUUCCCGUGCUAAAAAAAUCGUCCCUAAGAGAUCUGACUGACAGAAGGGAAGUGAGAGUAGGCCUGAGACCCUACAUGCCUGGUGGAAAACCAUUGAUUGCACCUGUGCCUGGACUAUCAAAGGCAUUCCUUGCUGCUGGACAUGAAGGCGAAGGCCUAUCGCUGGCUAUGGGGACGGCCGAGAUGAUUUACGACAUGGUGCUCGAGAAUCCACCGAAAGUGAACCCUGCACCGUACGCUGUAUAGUUUUUGGCUCCCUCUCUCACUGUCACUGGAUAAAAGCUUGGUGUGAGUUCAAAUAUCCUUUUUUGUUACACCUUGAAAUCCAGAAAUUGUUGUGUGUAGGAAAAUAAAAGCUGUGGUGUGAGUUCAAAAUAUCCUUUUUUAUUACACCUUGAAAUCC